UCUCACUAAAACGAUGCCACCAAUGGAAUACCAUCUGACCAUACAGUGCUACGGCAAUAGACAAUUAAAUGCAGUAGUACUUCAUUUUUGACUUUCUGACAUUGCUCUUGGCUAUUGCUUAAAGCCAAUGAAGCAGAAAAAUGAAGAAUAGUUUUCACCUUUCCAUCCUGCAUUUCCAGAAAGAAAAGUGUUCGUGAAAUUGCGCGUCAAUUAUUUCUUUUUUUGUAAAAGUGAACGAAUUUAUUGGGAGGCACAACCUGCCUACUAUUGGAGCAGUUUGUAAAUCGCAAAACAUGCACAAUAUAUUUUAAAAAUAAUUUAUCAUUCCGCAUGGCUGGAAUAUUUUAAAUAAGAUAAAACUGAAAAAAGUAUGAAUACCACUUUGUUUUCCCUCGGAAUCAAAGUCUGAAGUUUUCUUUAUGGAGUUUCAAAAUGACCUGUUCUAAUUUGAACGUAAGCAAUGACGGAAUCUACUUUGAGGAAUCUUUCCUGGACCAAAUCGUAUUCCCAGGCAACAGCACUAACUCCUCGACCUGCACAAACAUUGCCCUGGACCCGCAUGUCAUUGCUGUCGGGGUUUUUCUAUCCGUGUUUAUCUUGGUGGCUAUCGUCGGGAACAUUUUGGUUAUUCUAUCGGUUUUCUGCAAUAGACAUUUACAGACUGUGACCAACUUCUUCAUAGUCAACUUGGCCAUAGCGGAUUUGUUAUUAAGCAUUAUUGUGCUGCCCUUCUCCGCGUCUCUGGAGGUGUUUGGAUGCUGGGUGUUCGGCCGGGUCUUCUGCAACAUCUGGGCAGCGGUGGAUGUCCUCUGCUGCACUGCGUCCAUCCUCAGCCUUUGUAUUAUCUCCAUAGACAGGUACAUCGGGGUCAAACACUGCCUCAAAUACCCUAGCAUCAUGACAGAGAAGAAAGCCGCGGUCAUUCUUGUGGUGGUCUGGGUCUCCUCUAUGGUCAUCUCCAUUGGACCGCUGCUGGGAUGGAAGGAACCCCCGCCGACUGAUGAGAGCGUCUGCCGCAUCACCGAAGAGCCGGGUUAUGCCCUUUUCUCCUCGCUCUUUUCCUUCUACCUCCCGCUUAUGGUCAUCCUCGUGAUGUAUUUUAGGGUCUACGUGGUGGCGAGGAGGACUACCAAGAGUUUAGAAGCAGGGGUCAAACGGGAGAGAAAUAAGUCAAUGGAAGUGGUGCUUCGGAUACACUGUCGGAGCGUUAUAGAGGAUACUUCCAAAAGUAAACACCACCCAUUCAGGAGUUCGCUGUCCGUGCGCUUGGUGAAGUUCUCCAGGGAAAAGAAGGCUGCUAAAACCCUGGCGAUUGUCGUUGGGAUGUUCAUCCUGUGUUGGCUACCGUUUUUCUUUGUAUUACCACUGGGCUCCUUUUUCCCAGCGCUGAAACCGUCAGACGUGGUCUUCAAGGUCAUCUUCUGGCUGGGCUACUUCAACAGCUGCAUCAACCCGUUCAUCUACCCGUGCUCCAGCAAAGAGUUCCAGCGUGCCUUCACCCGGCUCCUCCGCUGCCAGUGCACGCGCCGCCGCCGGGUCUUGCGCCGCUUCUACGAUCAGCGGUGGCGCACGGCCGUUAAAGACCACCCCCACCAGGGCGUGGGUGGCGUGGACCUCGCUGCCAUGGGCAGCAUGUGUUCUGCCCGGGGGGAGGACUUCGGCUCGGAAUACGCCAUCCACCACGAGUCGUGCGACGGCUCUCAUUACUACAAGGGCGCUAAAGGGUGCUCGCUGAGCUUUAAGCGGUGGAGACUCUUCCCGCCACUGCAGAAGUCAUCGUUUCAGCUCAAGGAGAAGAUGAACAAUCUGUCCAAUAAGAUUAAAGGCGUCCCGGGUGGGAAGGGAGGCGUGACGACACCCGCCCUAGCCAGGACUGACAUCGACACUGUAUCCAUGGGGAUUUAUAACGACGUAGCUGAGCAGAGCAGCUAUCAGAUCUACGACCUCACCGAGUGCUACAGCCUGAAGGAGACCGACAUCUAGGUCCUGGAGUGACAGUCCAAGGGACAAUGUAGAUGUCAUAGUUUACUGUCAUCCAAUUGUUUAAGGAUAGUUUCACUUUAUUACAACUUAAUGUAAAGGGAUCCUUACCCUGAAAAUAGUGUAAGGACUAUGACAGACUGUAAUCUACAGUUCAGUUUCCUUCAAACAGCCAUUGCUUCAGUACAUUUAUGGAAGUAAUGGGGUAAAUAAGAAUUAUUUUACAACAAAAAUACAGAAUCCCUGGAUUUUAACUACAAGUUACUUAAAGGUGAUUUGAUCAUUCGAGAAAAAAACAAAGAAUGAAUGAAUAUUGUUUUGGGCCACUAAACUACUUUCAGGGUGAGGAACUACUUAAAAUUAUGUUGUAAAAACGUGAAUUGCCCUUUAAACAUUUAUAGACAUUUGUUGACAUUACAAGUGAAAUAAUUUGAUGAUUUUAAUGAGGUUCAUCAUCAGGAAUAACAGAGUCUUAAAGUGCCCAGACUAUGUUUGGUGUUUUGAAUCAAAAAGUGAUCGAAAUAACAGCUUAUUAUUUGCGACAUGGAAUGAAACGAGGAAAUUCCACAAAUAUGAGAUUGGAGCGGGGAUAUCAUGGGACAAUUUGACCAGCAGAGAAACAUGGCUGGAGUGGAAGAUUUUCCUUCAAAGAUUAACAGAGAAGAUUGUUUGGACAAUUUUGAUAAACAUUUUGAACAAAAGAUUGAGAAUUUCUAUUUCUGAAAGUGGCUGACUUUGAUCCAAGCACAACUUGCUUCAAAAUGUGAUAUCAAACCUUAAUGAUUGCCAUUUCUUUAAGUAGAAUUUACUACUUUGAGUGGUAUUUAAAAAAGUGACUGUAAAAAGGCAUUUUCUGGACAGGUGGCAUACCCACGCACCUGGCCAGACAUGAAGCUGACAUCUCAAUGUUAGUCUGUGGCCUUUGAGCAUUCUCACUCUCAACUCCAAACAGCUCAGCCCCUAUAACCAGCAGCAUGGAUACAUGAUUUCACAACAUUUGAACUAUUUUACCACAAACUUCAGAUGCCCUUUUACUCUGGUGUUUGACCAUUCAGAUCAACUUGACAUGAGGGGAAACAAACAAAUACCACAAAAGUGAACAGCACUGAAAUACUUUUAUGAUUCAAGACAUUUUGCAGGCCAUUUCAGGACGAUGUAAUUAAACAUAGAGAAAGGUAUGGGUAAUAUAUUUAAUAAAUAAUAAAAUAACUUUGUUAGGUGACUGACUGAAGUUAACAAAGUUGACUAUAUAUGAGGAUGUGGGAAGAGUAUCAUGCAGAAUGUAUGUUAACUGCCCAUAACGCCAGAGACUAUAGGCCAUUUGACUUUGAAAUGGACUUGGAGAAUCAAAGCCAUGAACCCACUGAUUACAGUACUUGUCUUUUAUUUGUAUUGCCAAAAAGAAGCUUUGGUUUGUUUGUAUUUGCUGAUGGUUCAAUGGCGUGUGUCUGUCAGUGUCAAGCAAAAUAAAAUUGAAU